AUGGAACGUCUGCAAAGUCAAGGGGAUAUGGACGAAACCACAGGCUUCUCUAAUGGAGAAAUCGAACCCCACAGAACCCUUCAUACCACCAGGACUUGCAAUAUGCCAUGGCCUUUCCACCUACAGCUGCUACUCAUUCUCGCCACAAUUUUCGGAGCCUGCCGUCUCGCACAGGAUGGCUGGGUGUCAGCGAGCCGCUUCCAUACGGACGUCUCCUGCAACUGCGGGGACUCAAUUGUCGACGCGAAGUCCCUCCAAUGCGUGUUCGACCCCAUAGCCUCUGCCUGGCUGCCUCCAGCCUGCCGAGACGACGAACUUAUCCAGGAAUUCAACUCCGCCGGGCCUGGUCCAAACGGUUCGUGGGACUAUUAUUCCGAUUCUAACAAGACAACAACAUACACGUAUGAAGAGGUGGCUGCACUCGCAGACGAGACCAAGGUCUUCUGGACAACUCUGCGGUGGCAUAUCGUGCAUUGCAGCUACAACUGGAGAAAGCAAUUCCGACGGUCGGUCACCGGGGUUAAGCUCGAGGGCCGGUUUAAUACUAUUGAGCACCUGGCUCACUGCGAGAUGAUUUUCCAGAAGGAAGAUUAUCCUGAAGCUGUCAUUACGCAUGCCCCGGUCGCGCUUCAUGCAGACUUUGUACCUCCGAACAGACUUUGA